GUUACUCUUCCCAUUCCUACCACAUCGAGCAGCACGCUAGCAUCCUCGGACCGCCGCCUGUUCACAUCGGCCCGGCUCUCGUCCUGCGAUCUCCUCACCUCAUCACCUGCCGGACUGGCCCUCGAACCUCUCCCAGUGUCGCCGCCGUCCUCCUCCGUUCGACGUUGCUCCCAAGACAAGCAGCCGGUCAGGCACCACGAUCAGGCCGUAACGACGACACGACGACGACGACGCCGAUUACCGAGAGGACAGCGACAGCGAUCCAGAGCGUCGCGACUAGCCAGCGCCGCUUCUGCCUUUACCCUUCAUCCUCGCACAGCUGCGACGAUAGCCUCGCGACGACAGCCUCGCGACGACAGCGUCAAAGCACGUAGCAUCGUCGAUUCGACGCCAACGUAGACUGGCACCCGUCUAGCGCCCACCACGCAGAAGUCCUUGCUUCCCACCGCGGCUUGCACCCGCGAUGAUGUCUGCACAGGAGAGGGACGAGGUGCAAAAUCAGCUCGACAACGACGUCGAUGCUCUGAACAGUACAUCCAGUGCAGUCUCUACUACUGAGGAUCCCUCUACUAGCGCUCUCUCAGCUUCUGCACCUGCUCGCGGCCUGGUGAGCGUGCCAGAGGACGAGCAGCUGCAUGGACGUCACUUCAGCGACCCAUCGCAGAGACCAUCGAGUAGACAGCAGCAGCAGCAGCAGCAGCAGCAGCAGCAACAACACCAACACCAACGCGAAAACUCACUCGUGGAAACGGAUGAUCGGCCGUCACGCAGCCCAGUCGCUGCACCUGUCAAUCGACCUCGCAUGUCUCAAGAGCCAGACGUCUUUACGAGUGGUGGAAGCGGUGCCAAUGUCCUCUCGCCAUCCGCAUCCUCUUCAUCCUCGUACGAUGCUCAGGCGCCAAGAACACCAAGCACGAGCGGUAGUCUCGUCCACCCGUCGAGUCAUGUUCGGCGCGUACCAUCAGAUUCGUCCAAUAAGGCUCUCCCGGUCACGCCUGGACAAAAUCAGGCGGCUCCUCACUCGAGGGCUUCGCCCGCACCUCCUCACAACCUCGAGCAGAUGUCGCUGCCCCUCAAUGGCAACAGUCAACCUCCAGCCUCUUCGUCAGCUGCCUUUGGAGGACUUCACUCUCCGAGCGCUGUACCACCUCAGCACAUCCCACGACCAGUUGCCAAGAUGUCGUCAGAGGAGCGCAUGCACAUGGCCACGCCCAUCUCAACGCGCGGGCUGAGCCAAUUUGAGAGCCCCUUGUCGCCGCCAGAUGCUGAUCCCGGUCGUACAUUGGCAGAGAGCAACCGCUCCAGUAUCGACGACAUUCGACGGAUGCACGCGCAGAGGGCAGCGGCAACGGGGCAAUCACCAGAGGCUGCGUUCGCGCAGCCCCACCCUGUCAAUCGAGAAAACGAUCCUCCUCGCCCGUCUAGCGUUUUGGAGACGAGGUCAGCGCGCUUUGAAGCGGCGGCGGCGCAGAGAUACCGCGCAGACAGGCCGCGCUCGAGUGGAAUGGCCAUGGAUGCGUUUGCGGGGGCCAACGGUACAGCAGCAGCACCGCGAUCAGCGUCGAGCAGUCACGCGCAACCUCAGCAGCGCCAGCAGCCAAGUACGUCGGGCAGCGAGCAUCCCUCUACAGGCAGUAGUCGGAGGGAAAAGGAGCGCGAGAGGUCAGAGCGGGAACGUCGUUCGCGCAGGACGCUGGGCGACUAUGCGCUUGGCAAGACGCUCGGCGCUGGUAGCAUGGGCAAGGUGAAGCUGGCAGUCAAGAUGGGGACCGGUGAAAAGGUGGCCAUCAAGAUCAUACCGCGACACACUUCGGUGGGCGCAGCUCAACAUCCCAAGCCGGACAAUGAGGGCAAGAUGCCUCCUCCUGCGACGGCGUCGUUCCUCGCCAAGGCGGCAGCCAAGGACCAGUCGAAGGAGGUGAGGACCAUCCGCGAGGGCAGCUUGCAGAUCUUGCUGCACCACCCGUACGUUUGCGGGAUGCGCGAGAUGAUCAUCCACCCUAAUCAUUACUACAUGGUCUUUGAGUACAUCGACGGCGGGCAGAUGCUCGAUUAUAUCAUUUCUCACGGCCGCUUGCGGGAGAGGGCUGCAAGGAAGUUUGCUAGGCAGAUUGGUAGCGCUCUGGAGUACUGCCAUCGCAACAGCAUCGUUCACCGCGACCUCAAGAUUGAGAACAUUCUCAUCUCCAAGACGGGCAACAUCAAGAUCAUCGACUUUGGGUUGAGCAAUUUGUUCUCGCCCCACUCCCACCUCGCGACGUUCUGCGGGUCGCUCUACUUUGCUGCGCCGGAGCUGCUCAACGCCAAAGUCUACACGGGACCCGAAGUCGACGUGUGGUCGUUUGGGAUUGUGUUGUACGUGCUCGUGUGCGGCAAGGUGCCCUUUGACGAUCAGAGCAUGCCCGCCCUACACGCCAAGAUCAAGCGCGGCCACGUCGAGUAUCCGGCCUGGCUGAGUGGCGAGUGCAAGCACAUCCUGUCGCGCAUGCUGGUCACCAACCCGGCGCAACGAGCGACUCUGCCCGAGAUUCUCUCACACUCGUGGAUGACAAAGGGGUACGAUGGGGCGCCGAAUGCUCACUUGCCAGAGAGAAAGGCACUCCGUGCUGGUCAGCUAGACCCGGAGGUGGUCAAGGGCAUGACGGGUUUCGAGUUUGGCACUCCCGACGAGAUUGAGCUGCGUCUCACCGAGGUGUUGACGAGCGAGGUUUACCAGGCGGUGCUGUCGGCAUGGGACGCAAAGCACUCGCCCGAUGCAAGUCAGGCCGACGUUAAUGCGUUGGGUCGAGCUACGACGCGUGGUAGUCAAGACUCGCGCAGCAAGACGGGAUCGAGGCGGUUCAGCGGCAUCGACUUUUACCGCAAGAAGAUUAGCGUCUUUGGCAACCGGGACGACUCGGGGAGUAGCGGUACGCUCAAUGGCUCGCUCAAUGGGUCGACGGUGCCGACGUGGCCUGGCGCAGGCAAGGAGCCCUUGGAUCCCACUCGCGGCUUCCACCCGCUGAUCUCCAUCUACUAUCUGGUGCAGGAGAAGAUGGAUCGCGAGCGUCUGUACGGGCACUCCUUUUUUGCAUCAUCCCACGCCUCGCUCCUUGCUCAGCAGCGACCGCCGCCGUCCGCGUCGGCCGGUGGAUUUGGCACCUCCUCGAUGCCUACGACGGCGGACAUUCCACAGGAGGUGCUGCGCGUCCCGGAGCCCUCUCGCCCAUCGCAUCGAGGCGACUUUGCCAGCAAAGAGAUGCCCACUCCACCCGCGAGCGCUACGCUUGCCUCCCCCCUACCGGCCUCGCCUACGCCCGUCUUUGAGUCGCGCGAGAAGAGCAAGCCGCUGCCGAAUAUGGCUGGUCCACCGAGGGCAAGGGCGAAUGGCGAUGAGGUGGAGCAGGCUUUGCGGGAGAAGGGAGGGGCAUCCUCCAUGGCGCCUAGCGCCUUUUCACCGCCUGAGCCUAGUGAAGGCCCACGUCGCUCCGUCAGUCUUUCGAUGCGCAAGCCCAGAACGGCAGGCGGCGGCGGCGUGCCAGCAGAUCAGGACGCUAGGGCGCCAUUGAGCGGAGCUACGGCGGGCGGUACGCUGCGAGCCUCGCGAAAGAGCUCAUCGCCUGAGAAUCGUCGAAGCAUGCACGUCGUCGAGGCGCCGAGCACGCCUUCGUCGGCUGCUACUUCUCCUGCUGCGGGAUCCUCACUUGUGCGGCGUUUCGGCUCGCUACUGGGCAGGUCGCCGUCGAGUGGUGGUGGCGGCGGCGGCGGUGAUGCGGAGAGACGGAGAACCGCGAGGAUGUCGACGGGUCAGAUGACGGCCCCUUCAACCAUCUCAAGACGAUCUGGUGCUGGCGGAUUGGGAGGGGGUGUCAAUGAAUCGGCGGAGCGUCUCAAUGCUCUGGCCCUCGAGGAGCAGCCGGAGGACAAGGCGCAGGAGAAGCCUCUGCCUGCUCCUGGCAUUUCCACUUCGCCGUCGGGCGCUACCGUCAAGAGAUCGGGCACGGUGCAAGGCUUGUCCAACCCUGCGCGAGAGCACGGCGCGCGCGAGCAUGGGGCGCGCGAGCAUGGUGGCAGUCCAGGAUCGCCGAGGCGCACGAAUGAUGCGCCGCUCACUGCGCAGCACAGUACGAUGAGCAGGCUCAUGGGCGGUCAGAUGUCCCCAUCGAGCGGGCGCUCGCCACGUCGCCCGGCUACCAUGCUCAUCCCUACGUCGGCGCAAGAGAGCAGCAAUGGCGGCGUGGGCGGCGUGGGCGGCGCGGGCGCAGCGAGUGGCGGCGGUACCUACGAAGACUAUGGCGGCUGGCAAGGCCCUCCUCCCUCCGAGGCACAAGCGAACUGGCUCUCAGCAGAUGCCGCUGCGGCCGCAGCGGCAGCAAGUAACGCGGGCGGUACCACAUCUCCGUCCUUUGGGUGGCGCUCUCCCUCCCAGCCAGGUGCAGCUCUCACUGCCAAGCCAGUCUUUCUCAAGGGUCUCUUUUCUGUUCAGACUACAAGCACCAAGCCGCGCACGAUCAUCAUUGCCGACCUGGUGCGCGUCCUCGAUCGCAUCGGCGUGCAGUACCGCGAGAUCAGGGGCGGGUACGAGUGCGUACACCUGCCGAGCAUCGACUUUGAGAGGGGGCAGGGAAAUGCGAGGAUCCCGAUCGAGCAGCAGCAACAGGCGGCAGCAGCUGCGGCGGCCUCGAGCCCGGCGCAGUCUCCUGACGAGGCGGCUAUGAGUCCAAGCAGCGAGAAGGCCCCGCAGCCGAGGAGAAAGCAGAGCCGCAUCUCCGUCCUCUCGGGCAUCAUGGGAAACAGCGGGGAAAAGCACGCGCGUAGGGAGAGCAUCUCGCAAGCCUCCUCUUCGGGAGAUCCAGCUGCGCCUGCUCACGGUAGCAUGUCGCCACGCCAAUCGCCAGAGGCACUGCAGGCGGCGGGGGCAACGCGAAGUCGUGCCAGCUCGCUGAUGCUGGGCGACUCGCGCGAUGAGCCCGGUGAGGCGGCGCCGAGCGACGAUCAAGGGGUGGAGAAUGGCUCUGGCGUGGUGGGAGGCAACAGCACCAUCGCUGCAAAGCGCAAGUCACGACAACGCACCGAUUCGUUGGGCGCACCGGCUUUCUUUGCUGCCGCCACACCGGCUGCGAUUCCCAAUUCGCCCUCGAAACCUCAACCGCCCAUCCCGACCGCGUCGACGGACGCUGCGACGACAACCAACGACGCGACCUACAGUAGUGCGGCUGGGUCGGGGAGCGGGAGCAAUGGCCUUCCCCUCUCUACGGAGCUGAUUGUGCGAUUCGAGGUCUUCAUUGUGAAGGUGCCGCUGCUGCUCGGCGUGAACGGCCUGCAAUUUAGGCGCGUGUCGGGAAACCCGUGGCAGUACCAGAUGUUGGCGAAGCGGGUGUUGCAGGAGUUGAAGCUGUGAGCGCGCGGCGAGGCCGCACUGCGGAGCGGUGCCGGGGGUUAGACGAUGAGGUGCGGCGGUCCUUGCGCGGCGGUCAAUCUUCGGUGUGGGGUCGCUUCAAGUCACGAACGAACUGCUACAUGGUCACUCUUCUUCUCGCUCUACACUCUUCUUUUCGUUCCCUUCAGCAUGCGGGCUGAACGCAAGCGAGUUGUGCUGUAAUCGAUUUCUAUUUUCCAGACGCGC